CUGGACAUAGAAUCAUCACCAAAACUCCAACCCAACACAAGUCUCAACCCAGCUCCCGACACCAUGGCCUGCUGCUCCACCAGCUCCUGUGGAUUUCCUAGCUGCUUCACCAGUGGGACCUGUGACUCCAGCUGCUGCCAGCCAAGCUCCUGCCAGACCAGCUAUGGCAUUGGUGGUGGCAUUGGUGGUGGCCAGGAGGGUGGUUACGGAGCGGUGAGCUACUGCACCAGGUGGUGCCGCCCUGACUGCCGAGUGGAGGGCACCUCCCUGUCCCCCUGCUGUGUGGUGAGCUGCACCCCCCCAUCCUGCUGUGAGCUGCACCAGGCCCAGGCCUCCUGUUGCCGCCCAUCCUACUGUGGACAGUCCUGCUGCCACCCAGCCUGCUGCUGCCAGCCCACCUGCUGUGAGCCCACCUGCUACAAGCUAGGCUGCUGAUUUUCAAUUGCCCAAGCCACGGUAUCUCUGAACAGUUUAUCUCCUCAACCACCCCUGGACCACCAACUUCUUAGAUUUCCAUUUGGGUUUUUGUUAUGGGGCUACCAAGUAUAUAUGAGUUCUGCCUGAUUCCAUUCUACAGUGAACACCUUGACUCUCCACUGAGAACACAGACAUGCCGGAACCCACCUGCUGAUCAUAAACUUGCUUUGGAUAUACUACUUCUGAUUUUCCUGCAUGAUUGAAAAUUACUGACAUAUUUUGGUAUUUACCCUUGAGAACUGUCCACAAGUCUAAUUUUUCCCUGCUUUAUGGUCUAUUUUUAGCUUCUGUUUACCUAAAAAUUUUUCCAACGGCAAAGGCACCAGAGUAUAGCAAAGUGACAUUCCUCAAAUGUCACUAGAGAAAAUUGAAGCUCUUCAUCCAACAUUCAGCUUCUAAGAAGUAGGCUCGACUUUUCUAUAUUUCAACAUCUGAUUCCAUCCCCUUCUUUUUAAUAAGAUAAUGAUCUUGCCUGUUGGCUAUUUCAAUUAUAUCUGUGAUACAGUGUCUUCUGUCAUUUCUUAAUAAAUGUUAUAUACUGGGCAAA